CCCGAGGGCUUUCCGCUGGGCUCAGACCAUGAGGCUGGCAGUGGAGGAAAUCAACCAGAGUGAGCAGCUGCUGCCCAACCACACGCUGGGCUACAAGAUCUUUGACUCGUGUGCCACACCAGUCACAGCUCUGAGAGCAGUCUUGGCGGUGCUGAACGGACAUGGUGAAGAACAGAGCCCUAUGUGUUCUGGUGCCAGCCCGUUAAUAGCCAUGGUAGGGGAGUCUGGCUCCUCACAGUCCAUUGUUUUGUCCAGAACUCUGCAGCCCUUCAGAAUCCCCAUGAUCAGCUAUUUCUCCACCUGCUCGUGCCUGAGUGACAGGAAAGAAUACCCAACGUUCUUCAGAGUGGUUCCAAAUGACGACUACCAGGUGAAGGCCAUCGCCAGUCUGCUUCAGCGUUUCGGCUGGAAGUGGAUCGGUGUGAUCCGCGAGGACCACGACUACGGCCACUUCGCCCUGCAGGGCCUGAAGAAGGAGAUCCAGAACACAGAUGUCUGUCUGGCCUAUGAUGAGAUGAUCCCUAAAGACUACAGCAGAGAGAGGGUCCUGCAGAUCCUGGAGGUGAUGAGGCAUUCCACAGCGCGGGUGGUGAUAGUCUUCUCUGGGGAGGGAGAGUUAUACCCUUUCCUCAAGGAGUUUGUCAAGCAGAACAUCACUGGUACCCAGUGGGUGGCCAGUGAGGCCUGGGUCACUGCCAAUGUGCUGGCAGAGACUUAUCCAUUCCUGGAUGGGACUAUUGGCUUCGCCAUCCGCUCAGGGAAAGUCCCAGGGCUCAGGGACUACCUGCAGACGGUGAACCCCAACAGGUACCCCUCUAACCCCCUGGUGCAGCAGCUGUGGGAGGCUCUGUACGGCUGCUCUCCCUCUCUGUCCCCCUCCAGCACCCUGAUGCCCCCCUGCUCAGGGCAGGAGACUCUUCUGGAGCAGCACUCAGCCUACAUGAACACCUCCAGCCCCAGAGUGGCCUAUAAUGUGUACAAGGCUGUGUACGCCAUCGCUCACUCACUGCACAACCUCCUCCACUGCCAGGCUGGGGCAGGACCCUUCCACAACCGCUCCUGCGCUCACAGCACCAACGUUCACCCCUGGCAGCUCCAGCAAUAUCUCCAGGACGUGUCCUUCAACGUAUCUGGAGAAAAUAUGAACUUUGACCAGAAAGGGGACGCCAUCCCGUCCUAUGACCUCAUCAACUGGCAGAGGGGGCCAAACGGAGGUCCCCGCUUUGUCACAGUAGGGCUGUAUGAUGGCUCAAAGGACUCUGGGAAGGAGCUGGCAAUCCAGGAAGAGAAGAUAGUGUGGGCGAGGCAUCAGAGCAAGCUGGUGGUCUCCGUGUGCAGUGCCAGCUGUGCUCCAGGAUCCAGGAAGGCUGUCCGUCGUGGGGAACCUCUGUGCUGCUUUGACUGUGUACCAUGUGACAGCGGCAAGAUUAGUAAUCAGACAGAUUCUAUAGACUGCCAUGAAUGUCCCGAGGACUACUGGUCAAACACUGAUGGAACAAUGUGCAUCCCCAAAGUGGUGGAGUUCCUUUCCCAUGAUGCAAUGGGGAUAGCCCUGACAGUGAUCGCUGUAGUGGGCGCCUGUCUGACCGUGUCCAUCCUGGCAGUCUUCCUCCAUCACAGGACCACUCCCAUCGUCCGCGUCAACAACUCUGAGCUGAGUUUCUUUAUCCUUCUCUCCCUGACUCUGUGCUUCCUGUGUGCGCUGAUGUUCAUCGGGGAGCCCACCUCCUGGUCCUGCAUGCUGCGCCACACCGCCUUCAGCAUCACCUUCUCCCUCUGCAUCUCCUGCAUCCUGGGCAAGACUCUGGUGGUCCUGGCAGCCUUCACUGCCGCCAGGCCUGGGAACAACAUUAUGAAGUGGCUGGGGCCAAAACAGCAGAGGGUCAUCAUAUUCUCCUGCACCCUGGUUCAGGUGCUGAUCUGUGCUGCCUGGCUCAUGGCUGCCCCUCCCUACCCCUCCAAAAAUAUCCAGGACCAACGCUCUAAGAUCAUUCUGGAGUGCAGUGUGGGCUCCCCAUUGGCCUUCUGGUGCGUUCUGGGAUACAUCGGCCUCUUGGCCUGUCUGUGCUUCAUCCUGGCUUUUCUGGCCCGGAAACUGCCAGGCAACUUUAAUGAGGCCAAGUUCAUCACCUUCAGCAUGCUGAUCUUCUGUGCCGUGUGGAUCUCCUUCAUCCCUGCCUACGUCAGCUCUCCUGGGAAGUACACAGUAGCUGUAGAGAUCUUUGCCAUCCUGGCCUCCAGCUUUGGGCUGCUGUUCUGUCUGUUUGCUCCAAAAUGUUACAUCAUCCUCCUGAAGCCAGAGAAGAACACUAAACAACAUAUCAUGGGGAAGAAAUACCCAUCCUCCACCCUAGCCACAGACUCAGAGUGUGUUCUGCUGAGUGGCUUUGAUCCUGGGUUCGUGGCUGAUGGUGACUUUGUCAUUGGGGGUAUUUUCCCCCUGCACUACAACCAGGAGAUGCCAGACGUCAACUACACCUACCAACCAACAGCCGUCAGGUGCAAUGGGUUUGAUCCGAGGGCUUUCCGCUGGGCUCAGACCAUGAGGCUGGCGGUGGAGGAGAUCAACCAGAGUGAGCAGCUGCUGCCCAACCACAUGCUUGGCUACAAGAUCUUUGACUCGUGUGCCUAUCCUCUGACAGGGCAGAGGGCUGCUCUGGCAAUGUUGAAUGGACUGGGCCAGGCUCACACUCACAUAAAGAAUGAGUGUUUUACGAACAACAUCUUUCCUCAGAUCAGCUACUUCUCGUCGUGCGCGUGCCUCGGUGACAGGAGGAAGUACCCCACCUUCUUCAGAGUAAUCCCCAACGAUGACUACCAGGUGAAGGCUAUGGCUCAGCUGCUGGUACGGUAUGACUGGCGCUGGGUGGGGGUGGUGCGUGGGGACCAUGAAUAUGGGCACUUUGCCCUACAAGGGCUGCUGAGGGAGCUAAAGGGGACGGGGGUGUGUGUGGCCUACCAGGAGAUGAUCCCUCUGCUCUACAAUCAGCAAAGGGCCCUGGAGAUCAUAGAGGUCAUGCGUAGCUCCACAGCGCGGGUAGUGGUGGUGUUCUCUGCCGAGGGGGAAAUGACCCCCUUCCUGAAGGAUUACAUGGCACAGAACAUCACAGGGAUCCAGUGGGUGGCCAGCGAGGCCUGGGUCACUGCCUCGCUCUUCACCACCAGCGAGUACUUCCCCUACCUGGGGGGCACCAUCGGCUUUGGGAUCAGGCAGGGACAAAUCCCAGGGCUCCGGGACUACCUGCAGACGGUGAACCCCCACAGGUACCCCUCUAACCCCCUGGUGCAGCAGCUGUGGGAGGCUCUGUACGGCUGCUCUCCCUCUCUGUCCCCCUCCAGCACCCUGAUGCCCCCCUGCUCAGGGCAGGAGACUCUUCUGGAGCAGCACUCAGCCUACAUGAACACCUCCAGCCCCAGAGUGGCCUAUAAUGUGUACAAGGCUGUGUACGCCAUCGCUCACUCACUGCACAACCUCCUCCACUGCCAGGCUGGGGCAGGACCCUUCCACAACCGCUCCUGCGCUCACAGCACCAACGUUCACCCCUGGCAGCUGCAGCACUAUCUGCAAGAACUUGCCUUUUACAUUUCUGGAGAGGAGGUGAACUUUGACCUGAAAGGGGAUUCCAUCCCGUACUAUGACAUCAUCAACUGGCAGAGGGGCUCGGGUGGGAACAUGGAGUUCAUCAACGUCGGUCUGUUCGACGGAGCAAAGGCCUCUGGGAAGGAGUUGGUGAUCCAGGAGGAGAAGAUCGUGUGGGCGGGGCAUCAGAGCAAGCUGGUGGUCUCCGUGUGCAGUGCCACCUGUGCUCCAGGAUCCAGGAAGGCUGUCCGUCGUGGGGAACCUCUGUGCUGCUUUGACUGUGUACCAUGUGACAGCGGCAAGAUUAGUAAUCAGACAGAUUCUAUAGACUGCACAGAAUGUCCCGAGGACUACUGGUCAAACACUGAUGGAACAAUGUGCAUCCCCAAAGUGGUGGAGUUCCUUUCCCAUGAUGCAAUGGGGAUAGCCCUGACAGUGAUCGCUGUAGUGGGCGCCUGUCUGACCGUGUCCAUCCUGGCAGUCUUCCUCCAUCACAGGACCACUCCCAUCGUCCGCGUCAACAACUCUGAGCUGAGUUUCUUUAUCCUUCUCUCCCUGACUCUGUGCUUCCUGUGUGCGCUGAUGUUCAUCGGGGAGCCCACCUCCUGGUCCUGCAUGCUGCGCCACACCGCCUUCAGCAUCACCUUCUCCCUCUGCAUCUCCUGCAUCCUGGGCAAGACUCUGGUGGUCCUGGCAGCCUUCACUGCCGCCAGGCCUGGGAACAACAUUAUGAAGUGGCUGGGGCCCAAACAGCAGAGGGUCAUCAUAUUCUCCUGCACCCUGGUUCAGGUGCUGAUCUGUGCUGCCUGGCUCAUGGCUGCCCCUCCCUACCCCUCCAAAAAUAUCCAGGACCAACGCUCUAAGAUCAUUCUGGAGUGCAGUGUGGGCUCCCAACUGGCCUUCUGGUGCGUUCUGGGAUACAUCGGCCUCUUGGCCUGUCUUUGCUUCAUCCUAGCUUUUCUGGCCCGGAAACUGCCAGGCAACUUCAACGAGGCCAAGUUCAUCACCUUCAGCAUGCUGAUCUUCUGUGCCGUGUGGAUCUCCUUCAUCCCUGCCUACGUCAGUUCUCCUGGGAAGUACACAGUAGCUGUAGAGAUCUUUGCCAUCCUGGCCUCCAGCUUUGGGCUGCUGUUCUGUCUGUUUGCUCCAAAAUGUUACAUCAUCCUCCUGAAGCCAGAGAAGAACACUAAACAACAUCUCAUGGGGAAUAAAAAGUAGUUAAUAAUAAGUAAUACAAAAUGUAUUUUUCCUUAUGUGCUUUUGUUACUUAAAAUGUACAGUUUAUCAUAUAUGGGCUACAAUCUGCACUGAGUAUACAAAACAUUAACAACACCUGAUCUUUCCAUGAUAUAGACAAACUAUCUGAAUCCAGGUAAAAGCUAUGAUCCCGUAUUGAUGUCACUUGAUACAUCUACUUCAAUCAGUGUAGAUGAAGGAGAGGAGACGGGUUAAAUAAUGAUUUUUAAGCCUUGAAACAUGGAUUGUGUAUGAAAGAUUAGUGGAAUCUGUGUGGGUAGCAGGACAGGUAGGAUGACUGACAGUGAAGGUGAACAGGUGGUCCUGGGUCAGGUGACAGAAGAAUGGAUGAGACUGAGGCAGGAAUUCCUUUAACCAUAAAGUGGUAUAUUUACUAGUCUGUGCUUCAUAACAAAGGAAACAGAAUAACAUGUAUCCAAUCAAAUUCAUAUAUCACAAAGAUCCAAUCAUAACAAUCAUUCAUUCUUAACAUAAUUAGGUAAUUAAUUUCAAUAAGAAAUCAACAGAAAUCAUCCUUGAGUCAUUUAAGCUCGUAACUAUUCAUUAUAAUCAUGAGAAGACUAACACAAAUAAUUCAAUCAGUGAUCGGUUAUUCAAUCUAUAAUCCCCAUCAGUUUAAUAUCAGAAUUGAUCAGUUCAGCAAACAAUGACGUUUCAUAUUUCACCCUUUCAAGUUUGCCUUCAUAUGUACAUGUCAUUUCAUUACAUGUUAACCAUAUAUCAAUGGCGUAAUUGGCCUGUGAUGAUCUGCAGGGCCCUAAUCAUUGACCAUUUACAUUACACAAUAGGCUUGAAGCUUGCGCUCCAAGCCGCGCUCUCCGCGGUAAUAACUCUAAUCAAUAAUUGAUAGCCCGCUCCUCCAAUAGUUCAGAUGAAAAGGUAACAGAUUCGGUGGUAAAAGAUUCCGUGGAUUAAACUCACGUAAAUUCUGGAUUAGAAAGCAGAAGAGAAAGCAGCGAGAUCGGGCAAUGGCGAUUUCCUACUUUCAAUUAUUUUUAUGACCUGUCUGACAUUUCCACCUGACCUAAUUGAAGCGCCCCUGGCCCAGCUGAGUAAGUGGCUGUGAAUUAAAGGAUUCUUCCACCAACUCCAUGGGCCUUUUCUACAGCGUAUGUGUGUCAUUCAGAGGGUGAAUGGGCAAGACAAAAGAUUUAAGUGCCUUUGAAAGGAUUAUGGUAGUAGGUGCUAGGUUUGUGUCAAGAACUGCAAAGCUGCUGUUUUUUUCACACUCAACUGUUUCCCGUGUGUAUCAAGAAUGGUCCACCACCCAAAGGACAUCCAACCAACUUGACACAUCUGUGAGAAGCAUUGGAGUCAACAUGGGCCAGCAUCCCUGUGGAAUUCUUUCGAUAGCUUGUAGAGUCCAUGCCCCGACAAAUUGAGGCUGUUCUGAAGGGAAGAUGAGGGGGGCAACUCAAUAUCAGGAAUUUGUUCCAAGUGUUUAGUAAACUCCGUGUAUGCACUAUAUUGAAAAUGUUGUUUAAUAAUGUGUAUCUUCCACCUCUGCAACCUUUGAGUAGAAACUUGAUGCUUGCAAAUAAGGAGUUACAAAAAACAUUAAAUGUAUAUUUAUUCAUCUGGA